GGUUGGCCAGGCCCGAGUGGGCCCGAGGCGGACGUGAGCAGGGCCAGACCAAGAUGGCGGUGCAGGUGGUGCAGGCGGUGCAGGCGGUUCAUCUGGAAUCGGAUGCUUUCCUAGUUUGUCUCAACCAUGCUCUGAGCACAGAGAAGGAGGAGGUGAUGGGGCUGUGCAUAGGGGAGUUGAAUGAUGACCCAAGGAGUGACCCCAAAUUUACAUAUACUGGAACUGAUAUGCGCACAGUUGCUGAAAAGGUUGACAGCGUCAGAAUUGUUCACAUUCAUUCUGUCAUCAUCUUGCGACGUUCCGAUAAGAGGAAGGACCGGGUGGAAAUUUCUCCAGAGCAGCUGUCUGCAGCCUCGACAGAGGCGGAGAGGUUGGCUGAACUAACUGGUCGCCCCAUGAGAGUUGUGGGCUGGUAUCAUUCCCACCCCCAUAUAACUGUUUGGCCUUCACAUGUUGAUGUUCGUACACAAGCCAUGUACCAGAUGAUGGAUCAAGGCUUUGUAGGACUUAUAUUUUCCUGUUUCAUAGAGGAUAAAAAUACAAAGACUGGACGGGUACUCUACACUUGCUUUCAGUCCAUACAGGCCCAAAAGAGCUCAGAGUCCCCUCAUGGUCCACGAGACUUCUGGAGCUCCAGCCAGCACAUCUCCAUUGAGGGCCAGAAGGAAGAGGAAAGGUAUGAGAGAAUUGAAAUUCCAAUCCAUAUUGUACCUCACGUAACCAUCGGGAAGGUGUGCCUCGAGUCAGCAGUUGAGCUGCCCAAGAUCCUGUGCCAAGAGGAACAGGAUGCAUACCGGAGGAUCCACAGCCUUACACAUCUGGACUCAGUAACCAAGAUCCAUAACGGCUCAGUGUUUACCAAGAACCUGUGCAGUCAGAUGUCGGCAGUCAGCGGGCCUCUACUGCAGUGGCUGGAGGACAGACUGGAGCAAAACCAACAGCAUUUGCAGGAGUUGCAACAAGAAAAGGAAGAGCUCAUGCAAGAACUUUCUUCUUUAGAAUAAAGCAGGAGACAAAAUGGGGAAGGAUGAAAAUAUCCAGGUGUAAAAUUAAUUAAGCCAAAUCAAUUUUGAAGAAGAAAAAUUUGGAAGACUCACAUUACCUGACUUCAAGACUUACUAUAAACCUACAGUAAUCAAGACAGUGUGGUAUAUGCCCAAAUGAUUUUGACAAAGGUACAAAAGCAGUUCAAUGGAGGAAGGAUAGUCUUUUCAACAAAUGAUGCUGGUGCAGUUGGCAAAGAAAAUGAACUUUGACCUAAACUGCAUACAUUAUACAAAAAUUAAUCGAAAAUGUAUCAUGAACUUAGAUGUAAGAUGUAAAACUUUCAGGAAAAAAAAUCAUAGAAAGAUCUUUAGGAUCGUGGGCUAGGCAACAGGUUCUUCAUGGUCUUCAUCCCCAAAGCACAAUCGUAAAAGGAAAAAGUUGAUAAUGUAUAUUGGACUUCAUCAAAAUGAAAAACUUUUGCUCUGCCAAAAAUUUAAGAGGAGGAAAUUACUGAGAGAAAUUACUUGCAAACCAUUUAUCUAGAGUAAAGUCAAGAGUAAAAAAACAAUCCAAUUAGAAAAUGAGCAGAAGACAUGCAUAGACAUAGCACUAAAGAGGGUGUAUGGAAGGCAAGCAAGCACAGGAAAAGAUGUUGAACUUCAUUAGUCAUCAGGGAAUGCAAACUAAAACCACAGUGAAUUAUGACUACAUACUUAUCAGAAUGGCUAAAGAAAAAACAGUGAAAAUACGAGAUGCUGUUGAGCAUACAAACUGGAUCUCUCACACAUUGCUGAACAGAAUGUAAAAUGGUAAGCCACUCUGAAAAAAAGAGUUUGAAAAUUUCUAAUAAAGUUAAACAUACAUGUGCUUCAUUACCCAGCAAUUGUUGUCCUGGACAUUUCUCCCAAAGAAAUGAAACCUAUUUUGGCACAGAAACUUCUAUACAGACAUUCUUGGCAGUUUCAUUUGUAAUAGCCCCAAACUGGAAACAACCCAGAUGACCUGCAGUUGAGUGUGUGGUUAAACCAACCAUCCACACCAUGCAAUACUACUCUGCAAUGAAAAGGAACAGACUGUUGAUACACACGACUUGGAUGGACCUCAAGGGUAUAAUGAUGAAUGAAAAACAGCCAGUCUUAAAAGCUCACAUACUGUAUGAUUGCAUUUGUAUAAAUUCUUGAAAUGACAAAAUUAUAGAAGUGAAGAACAGAUUAAUGGUUGACAGGGAUAGGGACUGGAGGGGAUAUGGGAUAUGGGUGACUAUAAAGGGAUAACACAAUGAAUUCCUUUGUGCUGAUGGAACAGUUCUGUAUCUUGAUUGUGAUGUUGAUUACAUGAAUCUAUAUCUGUGCUAAAACUACAUAGACCUACACACACCCACAAAUGAAUGCAUGUAAAGUUUGGUGAAACCAAAUACGGUCUAUAGUCUAGUUAGCAGUAUUCUACCAUUGUCGAUAUGUUGGUUUUGAAGAUUUACUAUAGUCAUGUGUAAGAUCUUACCACUGGAAGAAACUGGGUGAAGGGCACAUGGGACUCCCUGUACUAUUUUUGCAACUUCCUGUUAAUCUAUAAUUAUUGCAAAAUAAAAAGUUGUAAGUAUUAAAUAAGGAACUAGAAGGUAUGGUAUGUAUUUUGUGAAAUAAGAAAAGAGUGAUAAAAUCUGAGGGGAAUAAAACGAGUUGAAUAUUUUUACAGGCCAACUUUUUGCACAUGUCCCU